CCAUCGCUGAUGAAAUACUAUAGCCAGACAGACGGUGUUAGCUGGCUUGAAGAAUACAAAGCACGGCACAAUGCUGGUCUGGAGGCCCAGAGAAUUGUAGCUUCAUUCUCCAAAAGGUUCUUUUCAGAACAUGUCCCCUGUGAUGGAUUCAGUGACAUUGAGACUCUCGGGUGCCCAAGUCAUUUUUUUGAGGAUGAACUGAUGUGUAUCCUUAACAUGGAAGGAAGGAAAGGUCUGACCUGGAAAUACUACGCAAAGAAAAUUCUAUACUUCCUACGGCAACAGAAUAUAUUAAAAAACCUGAAGGAGUAUCUUCAGCGCCCUACUGAUCGACAGUCAUUUUUGGAGGGUGCUGUUUUAAUUGACCAAUAUUGUAACCCACUGUCAGACAUCUGCUUAAAGAGUGUCCAGGCACAAGUGGAUGAUAUCACAGAUAAAGUGCGCAAAGUCCUGCGGACAAAGAAUUCAAGGCACCCCAGCUUGGCUUCCAAGGCAGGAGAGGUCCUGGUUCCAGAAGUGGAACUUCAGCAGCAGGUACUUGAUGCUAUGAAUUGUGUCCUGUAUGAGCAGUUAAAAUACAAAGGAAACGAGCUGGAUUACUACAACUCCCUGAAUUCAUACAUUCACCAGGUUUUGAUCCGCAGAACAGGAAUUCCCAUCAGUUUGUCUGUGCUUUAUUUAACAAUUGCCAGGCAGCUGGGAGUCAAGCUUGAACCAGUUAACUUCCCUAGCCAUUUUCUGCUGCGAUGGUGUCAAGGAAAAGAAGGGUAA